UGCUGUUUUGUUUUCCGUUAAAUUUUCUUUACACAUGGCAUUUCUCUCCGACAUAAUCUCAUCCCAUCAACGAUUCAUGAAUUACCAACUAAAAAAUCCCACAAAAAUCACGCCAUGAACUCACGAAAACACAAGAAAGCUCAUGAGAAAAUCAAGACAAAGAAGACUCCACGUCCAAUGAAAUUAGAACGCUAAAAUCGGGAAAGAUAGCGAGUGGAGAAGCGCGGUGUGCCUUGCCGUUCGUUGGAGUCUCUCUCCACUUCUUCUCUCUGUGGAAAGUGGGAAGACGUGAAGAAAGGAGACAUCUUUGUGUAUAUAUGAUUGGGUAAUAAUAUCAAUGGUGGGAGGGAGCAGUACAGUGAGACCCAUUUUCAGAAAAACAUGGCAACGAAGUCGCAGAUAAGCAAAGAAUGAAGAAAGAGUGAGCGGAUAGGUUUGGGAUAGAUUAGAAAUUAGAAUAGAGAUUACAUUCCUUCUCUUGCAGAAAUACCAUCCGAAUCCAGUUUCUUGGUAAUUGAUUGGAACUUCUCUCAAAUAUUCAGCUUAGAAGUCUAGGUUUAUCUUUUCAAGUUUCCAAGAUCCUGUCAAAAGCCAUUCUUUGUAUUUGUUUGAAGAAUGGGAGACCGUUUUCCAUUGCCGGUGGGAUGGUUGCUAACUGAGUCCACCCUUGAAGCUGCUAUUCAGAGUAAAAACCUCUCGCAGCGUGCUCCAUCCACUGAUGUUGAAAAUACGAGUAGUGGUAUUAGUUCCCAUAGGUUGGAUAUCAAUGUAGGAUCAUCACCAAGGAAAUUGGUAGAGUGUAGGAUUUGCCAUGAUGAAGAUGAAGAUUUAAACAUGGAGAUACCAUGUUCUUGCCGUGGAAGCUUGAAGUAUGUCCACCGCAGAUGUGCACAGCGAUGGUGUAACGAGAAAGGGAACACAAUCUGUGAAAUUUGCCACCAGCAAUUCAAGCCAGGUUUUACAGCGCCGCCUCCUUUAUUUCAUUAUGGUGGGAUUCCAUUGAACUUAAGAGAAAAUUGGUAUAUUUCUGGGAGAGACCUUCAGAAUCCUCAAUUCAUAACAGUGGUUUCUACAGAACACAAUUUUAUGGAUCCAGAAUAUGACGAGUAUUCUGGAUACACUCCAAGGAGUUUGAUAUGCUGUCGAGUAGUAGCUAUAAUUAGGUCUUUUUCCUUUCCUAUUUUACUGUUUAUGCAGUUCAUGCUGCUUCUGAUAUUACGUCAUACUCUACCAAUCAUCAUCUAUGGAGCUGGAGACUACUCAAUUACACUGUUCACAGUAUUGGUUCUGAGAGCUAUUGGAAUUGUAUUGCCGAUAUAUGUCAUGGUGAAGGCUUUUACUGUAAUCAGACGACGGAGACACACUGAUGAUGAAGAGAAUGAAUUACCAUUGCAGCAGCCUCAAUCACGUCUUGGUCGUGUUCACUGACAAUAGCAACCUGUAUCAUAUCCUCGUUAUGAGCCAACGCCACGAAAAACUUGGAUUGAACUGUGUUCCGGUUAUGCUAAUUCUAGUUUUGGGAUGUGUUCGAAAUCAUCUCAUUGUACAUAUUGGCUUCAGGUGAUGAGCAAUCAGGACACGUUCCUGAAAGAGUGAUAUAAAAGCAAAUUCUUCUAAUUUAGCAAUUGCAGACGUUUCAAUAGAGUACCCUCCACUUCUUGAUCUUGUCUUGUGAAAUCUAACAUGUUGUUGUACAAGGAAAUAACAUAAUCACUAUUAUUAGCUGUUUA